UCUGAUCUUAAUAAUAUUCCUGAAAGAAAGAAACAAAAACUAUGGCGGAAGGAGCUUUAUUCCACCUCGCCGGAAAAGUCCUUGAACUGCUGGGUUCCUUCACUCUCCCAGAGGUCAAACUGGCCUGCGGUGUUCAAACUGAGAUUGAAAAACUAACAAGCACAGUUUCCACAAUCCAAGCUGUGAUUCUUGAUGCAGAAAAGCAGAGUACUCAUAAUCAUCAGAUCAAAGAUUGGCUCAGAAAGCUCAAAGGUGUUCUCCAUGAUGCUGAUGACUUGCUGGAUGAUUUCUCAACCCAAGUUUUGCGGCACAAGGUGAUGAGAAAGAAGAAGGUACGCAUUUUCUCUUCCAGUUCUAAUCGUAUUGCUUUUAGUCCCAAGAUGGGUCGUCAGAUAAAAGCAAUUAGGGAGAGACUAAAUGCCAUUGCAAAAGAUAAGGAGGAUUUCCACUUUAUUCAAAGCUUCAUUGAGCCACAAGUCAUGAGUAGGGACAGAGAAACUUAUUCUUUUGUUCUUGAAGAUGAAGUUGUUGGGAGAGAGAAUGAUAAGGAAGUGAUUAUCGAAAUUCUUUUUGAUGACAAUGUUGUAGAGAAUAUUUCUAUCAUUCCAAUCGUUGGUAUUGGAGGAUUAGGGAAAACCACACUAGCUCAACUGGUUUACAAUGAUCAAAGUGUCAACAAAAAUUUUGAGCUAAAACUUUGGGUUUGUAUCUCUGAAAUCUUUGAUGUAAAACGAAUUGUUAAAGAAAUUUUAGAACAGCUGACGGAUGAGAGACUUAAAGAAAGCUUUGAGAUGCUGCAAAAUCAGCUUCGAGAAAAACUUAGUGGAAAAAAGUACUUGCUUGUCUUGGAUGAUAUGUGGAAUGAGGACAAUACUAAAUGGCUUCUCUUGAAAAAUUUAUUAAUGGUAGGUGCAAGGGGAAGUAGGAUAGUUGUAACUACUCGUUCUAUAAUGGUGGCGGGCAUAACAGGGGCAACUUCAUGGUAUGCUCUAAGAGGCCUACCUGUAGAAAAGGCUUGGAAUUUGUUUGUAAAAGUUGCAUUUGGAGAAGGCCAACUGCCAAAGAACCAAGCCUUUAUUAACCUGGGAAAGGAGAUUUUGGAAAAAUGUGUUGGGGUACCUCUUGCCAUAAGAGCAAUAGCAAGUUUGCUACACUCCAAAGCUUCUGAAAAUGAGUGGCGAUCUUUCAAGAAUUAUGAACUCUCAAAAAUAACUCAAGGAGAAGAAAAUAAUAUUUUAUCAACACUUAAGUUGAGUUAUGAUCAUCUUCCAUCAUACUUAAAACAAUGCUUUGCUUAUUGUAGAUUGUUUCCAAAAGAUUACAUGAUUCAUGUAGGGACAUUGAUUGAUCUUUGGGCAGCGCAAGGUUUUAUUAAGUUAUCGAAUCCAAAGCAACGUGUUAAGGAUGUUGGUAGAGAGUACUUCAGGUUAUUACUUUGGAGGUCAUUCUUCCAAGAUGUUAAAAAGGAUUACUGGGGCGAUAUAUGGUGCAAAAUGCAUGAUCUCAUGCAUGAUCUUGCAAUCUCUGUGGCUGGAACAGAAUGUACUGUAUUACAUUCAACCGAGGAAAAUAUUGGUGAAAAUGUUCAUCAUAUAUCAUUUAAUCUUUUGGAUUCGUCGAUGCAGUUUCCAAUCAUCAAGUUUAAAGGAAAGAGGAUACGAACGUUUCUUGGACAUAGAAGAGGGCGUGACUUUCCUUGUAAUGCGCUUGUUUCAAAUCUUAAGUAUUCACGCACACUAGAUUUGAGCUAUCUACAGUCACGAAAAAUGCUGAGUUCAAUUGGGAGAUUGAAGCAUUUAAGAUAUCUUGAUAUUUCUGAAAAUGAUCACAUUAAAAUUCUCCCUAAUUCCAUUGUCUUGCUGCUGAAUUUGCAAACACUGAAACUCAAGAAUUGUCUUGCACUUAGAGAAUUACCCCGGGACACUAAAAAUCUGGUCAAUCUUAGCCAUCUAGAUAUUUCUGGUUGUAUGGCACUGACUCAUAUGCCUUACGGACUCGGAAAUUUGACUUCUCUUGAGAUACUACCACAUUUUGUUGUGAGAGACGGAGGUGCCAAGGCCAGGGCUAGUGGUGGGCUUAGUGAAUUGAAUAAGCUGAGCAAUUUGGGAGGAAACCUGAGUAUUAUGUAUCUAGGACAUGGAAAAGAUGACAUGAUGGAAUGUAAAGCUGCAAAUAUGAAGGAGAAACAACAUCUUCACCAACUGGAAUUAUGUUGGGACCCAAAGUUGGUUGGAGAAACUGAAUGUUUUGAUGAAAUGUCCCUAGAAGGUCUCCAGCCACAUCCAAAUCUUAAUGUGUUGAAAUUAUCGUUUUAUAUGGGUGUUACAAUUCCAAGUUGGGUCUCUUUGCUCACUAAUCUUGUCGAUUUGAACUUGUGGAGAAAUUGUAGAUGCCACCACCUCCCACCGUUAAAUCAGCUCCCUUGUCUCAACUCUAUUUGGCUUAUUAAUAUGGAAGCACUUGAAUACAUAUCAGAAGACAAUGUUAGUAACGUGUUUGGUUCCUCAAAAGAAACAUUCUUCCCAUCUUUAUUUUCUCUCACAAUAAAGAAAUGCCCUAAUCUGAAGGGAUGGUGGAAGAAAGAUGAUAAUGAUGGGCCAGGCCAUCUGUUGCUGCCAUCAUUUCCUCGUCUCUCUGAAUUGCAGAUUGAUGAUUGCCCCAAUCUUACUUUCAUGCCCUUGUUUCCAUAUCUUAAAUUAGAGCUGAAAUUGUGGGAAGCUAGCUUGAAGGUAUUGCAGCAAACAAUGAAUAAACAGAGACCAUCAACAUCAACAUCCUCCUCAUGCUACUUUCCUCUCUCUGAAUUAGAGUUUUUGUAUUUAGAAGGGGUUAAUGAUUUAGAAUCUCUUCCAGAGAAGUGGCUGCAAAACCUUGUUUCUCUUCGGAGACUUUUCAUUCGUCAGUGCCCUGGACUUAGGUCUCUUCCUUGUAAAGGUAUUCAACAUCUCACCUCUCUUCAAGAGAUGAAAAUAGUGGACUGCAAUGAGCUGGCUCUGGUAAAUGAUGAAGAUGAUGGCAUGCAAUGGCAAGGCCUUCAGAGCCUCCAUUCUCUGUGUUUUUGUGGAACUCCAAAGUUGGUGUCUCUACCAGAUGGGCUUCAACAUGUUACCACUCUUCAAAAACUCAAAAUUCUUAAUUGUACUAAUUUAAUGGUAUUACCAGAGUGGAUAGGCAACCUCGCAUCACUACAUUAUCUUGCAAUUUCCGGAUGCUUCAAUCUGACGUCAUUGCCUCAAGAGAUUUGCCAUCUCACGUCUUUACAAUUUCUUGAGAUUGGCAAUUGUCCUAAUUUGAUGACUUUACCAGGGUCAAUGGAUAACCUCACGUUACUACAAAUGCUUAAAAUUGGGGAAUUCCCCAAUCUGACCUCACUGCCUCAAGGGAUUCGCAGUCUCACCUCUUUAAAAAUGUUGAGGGUUGGCAAUUGUCCUAAUUUGAAGGCUUUACCAGAGUGGAUAGGGAACCUCACAUCACUGGAAGAGCUUAUAAUUUGCAAAUGCCUUAAUCUGACAUCAUUGCCUCAAGGGAUUCAUGAUCUCCCCUCUUUACAACGGCUGAUCAUUACUGGUUGUCCCAUUUUAGGAGCAAGAUGCCUGGGGGAAGAUUGGCCCAAGAUUUCUCAUGUUCCAGUCUUGAGAUUGGAUCGAUAGUGGCGGUGAGAUACAAGUUGUUCAGAGAAUAGACUUGGGCUUAAAAAUUCAGACCUAUCCAAAAUUUGCAAUUGUGCAAUAUUACAAGAAGUCAGCGCCUCUGUCCAAGCAUUGGGCCACAUUGCACAUGUUAUUUUCUUUAAUGAGUUUAAUCACUACAAGUAUGGGGCAUUGUGUGAUGGAUGGAUAGAGUUCCUGGAGUUCUUUAAGUCAAAGAGAUGUAGUAUGGGUAAGGACGGUUGAGCCAAGACAGGUAAGAGAAGGAGUUUUAUUAAAUGUCCCAAAGAUGGAGUAACUUGCUGCAAAGCGAUGCAGAGGAAGGAAAAAGAAAAACCAUAUGAUGGGACAGAGAUUAAUAUCCUUUUGCUGAAGAAAUAUACCUAAGAUUCUUCAGAAACAUGAAUUGAGGAGGCGGUAAUGGAUCAUAAGAUUGCUGGUGCCCCAAAUAUUCUAACCUGGACCAGAAGGAUCUCACCCCAUUAGCUGCACAGUUGACAACUUCAAGUGCAAGGCAAAUUGGGACUUGCUCUGUUGAGAUGGCUUUUGAGACUUCCACAACAAAGAACCUCUUUCGGUGUGCUGUUAUCUCUACAUAGCAUGACUUUGUUUUAGUCAGAAGCAGAACAAAGAUUGAGGUCUACCGAUGUAGACAUUCACAAAUCUGGAGAUAAAUAGAUAAUAUUUAUCUGUGUUGGCGCAAGGUCAAGAACUCAGUGGAUACCAAAUUGAAGGGAGCACUUGACCAGGCAGCUAACAUGGCAGGAAUUAGCUUACUAAACUGACUGACUUUGAAGUCAGAGAAGAACUAGAGAAUGACUGAAUGAGUCUAACUUGUUUAUUCAUGCACAAAUUCAAAGGUUGUUCUGCUCAAAACAAAACUCAAGUUUAAGAACGUUUGGUUUUUCCAUCGGUUGGUAAUUUGGCACUCUCUCUCUCUUUGCUAAAGCCAUGGCCCUUGCUUCUUGAAUUUUGGCUGUGGAGACAAAAUUCAAGAACCUGCCCUGUUCAAAACUUUCUGGCCCUGAAAUCGUUUAACAAGUAGUGUACUCAAUGCAAUACAUAGACUGGGUGAAAUCUGGCACUCCUUGACCAUGAGUUACAAUUGUUCAAGAGGGUGAAUCCACGACCCUGUUUGGAGGAAAGUGUGGCAUUGAAACCAAAAGGAUUUUCAAAGAUGGUUCUACAAAAGUCAGGCAUCAUCUUUCUAUAGAUUGAUUUUCUCUUUUGGUGCAGUCUGGAGCUCAUUGCUGUGUACAAUUGAUAAUUUCAGGUGCAGGGAAAACUUGUGCUUGCUCCAUUGAUGGAGUUUGAGACUUCCACAACAAAGAACCUCUUUGUUUGGAUAGAGGCCACUGUGUCGUCUUUGAAGUAAGAGUGAAAUAUGAAGAUGAUCCAUAUCUUUGUGUAUUUUGGAGACAAGGGAAAGUGAGCAUUUUCUGGAAGGGACUAGAAUUAGGGAGAGAGAUUACGUCCCUGGUUGACUUCCAUUCAAAUGAAAUACCUUGUUUUUUUACCUGAAUUCUCCUAUCAAAUUUUAUUCCUAUUGGAGAAUGUUGGAAUUUCCUUAUAGAUGAUAUAGCCACUUGGUGAAAUUAUCAAUCAAUGAAGAGUUGGGGACCAAAGCUUUGUCCUUCCAUAUGCCCUGUAAAAGCAAAUUUUUAGAAGCCAUGAGAACUUACAUAUUCCUCGCAGCAAUUGAAGUUAAAGUCAACUGUAGGAGUGUAUUGAUGAGAAUGCUUAUGUUCUAGGGUCAUAUGAAUUUUACUCUGCAUUUAGUUAGGAUGUUAUGCCCUUCCUAGAUUUUAGAUCCUUACUAUUUGAAGUAUGAGUGUAUUCCUUCAAAAUUUCUGAAGGGUAGGUUGUCCAUUGUCCCAUGUAUGGUUUUAACUGCUUCACUUAAGGUUAACUUUGUGUUUAGUUAUUUAUUCUUAUAUUCAAAAUAUUCUUUUUUACGUAAUUGUUUGGCCCUAGAGCAUAAUAUUCACAAAUUUUACAUAUUUUAAAGCUUGAUAUAAACCUUAGCAAUUCUUCUGGUAAUGUCCUACCUGCUAAGUUUAUAGUAUUUCUAAAUCACUGAUACCUUGCCUUUAGAGCAAAAUUUACUUCUUUAUUUUUUGUCAGAUUUAAGUAGUUUUAUUUCAUACAGCCUUGAAGAAGGCUGGAAAAAUUCACAAGUGCAACUCUGUAAUGUCAAAUGUGUAUUUCCAUUCCAAAAAAAAAAAAAAAAAUCUAAUGAGAAGAGGGAAAUCACCACAAUACAAUUCCCUCUUAUUUUCCUCUCUAUUUACUCUACUGCUACCAUUGAGAUUUAAUUGUGUUGAAUAAUUCACUUCUUUUCCCUUCUUGCUUGUCUCAUCUCCUGACCUUACCCUUUCGAACUUUCCAUUACUUUGACGGCAAGAGCUUCUUCCUUUGCAAUAUUUUUACUGGAGUUGUUCAACUAUUAGAAUGGUUUUGUUUAACUAUUUUUGUUUUGGUCAGUAUAGUCAUAUAUUAUCUCAUGAAGCUCUUGUUGUUUUAUUUCUUUUUCUUCAUUGUUGAUGACUACUGCAUUACGUUUUGUAGUUAAGAUAGUAAGAGCCUCUAUCCUCAAUUUGCAGACUAUUUUCCACAAUGUCUUAAGGAGAGCCAUUGUUUUGGAUUAAUAGAGUGGCAAAUAGAGAUGACAGUUCCACUAAGCAUACAACCCAUCUCAUAACUCCUUUUUCUGUGAGAGGGAUGUCGGCCAUUAUAUGGACAUGUAGUUCCCCAUAGAAGGGUUAUUGAGUGGAGACUAUACAACACUAAGCUGACGAAGGGAAAUUUACAUCUGUCCUGAAUCUAGCUAUAAUAAGGAAGAUAUCUAAGAUCACAUAAUGAUGUUGAUUGGUCAGUUUUGUCCUGUUGAAGAAGUAUUAGUCAUCUUCAAAUGUUUUGGUAGACAAAUGAGGACAAUUGAAUGGAUCAAGUCAUUUCAUCCAGAAUGCUGAAUUCGCAAUUCUCAACAUGUUGAAAACUGUUGUCAGCUAGAUUAUCAAAUAUAUCAUUUCAUCUUCAAAUUUCAUGAUUUGGCCCAUUUGGUGGUCAACUUUGUGUGAGGUUUUGGUGGAUCAACUUAUUGGGUUCCUUUUGCGAUUAUAACUAAGGUGCUCUUUGUACUUGUAUGCCACUGCCAAUUAAGGUUUUGAAUAUAUUUUUUUUCUUGUGGGGAUGGAAACAUUGGAAAGAAAUUCUACAUGUCUACAAGCGUAAGAAAUUUAAGCAAAUCAAUCAUUUUUAUUC